CAGCAGGUCAAGCGCGAAAGGAAAUAAUCAUCUCAAAUUUCAAUCUCGUUGUCAGACGGCUUCAAAUUCGAGCAUUUUCUCUUUGUCUGCUAUUUGCAUGCCGUUGCCAUUUGGUUGGGAAAGUGAUCAUCAGAGAGCAGCCAAUUUUCAGGAGUAUGAACGGAUCGAACCAAUGAUUUUCCGCUGGAUGCUGUCAAAUCAUCGUUCGUCGAUGUGUAGAAAUUUCUGAUCUAAUUUUUUUUACUGUGAUCGGGCACGUCGUAGCCACUGACUGCAGCUACGUAUCUCGAAAAAUGUUUCUCGACGAUCACGAAUUGGCCAUCUAUAUUGCUGCUGGUCUAGCAGGAUUCCUUAUAGUAUUGUGGUGUUUGGCUAUUUUGUGUAAAGGACCUUGCCGAUCGUUCGACGAACCGGUCAAGUCGCCCUUUGAGAUGUACAUGGAUCCUGCUACAAGGAAUCAAGCUUUACAGACCAAGUACGAACUCUACCACUAUCAUCUUAUGGUAAGUAGAAUUUAUCAAGCCCUUGUCCUGUUGAAACAAACCGAAUUGCGUUCAUCCGAAAAUUGACAUGUCACUGUUUUCACAAAAUAAAUGUAUUGAACUGACUGCAUGACUAAAGCGAUGCCCGCCUCAUGGUUAUUUUUCGUGUAAAGUUCAUAUGCAAAAGUUAUUUCGUGGGAGAGAAUGCAAAUUUUCCCAUUGUGGUGAGGAGCGGUCGAUGUGCAGUUUCGACGGAGUAAAAACCUUUUUAUAAUGAAGAAAAAAGCAGACUACAUUUUCAAAUUGAACAUCGCAUCAAUAGUAAGCUUAUUUAAUCUGAACUGCUCCUGGAGCCACGACCUAAAUUAAAAAGGUUCCAUAACUUAUAUUUAUUCGUAUUAAAUACUGCUAAUGCCUCCUUCUUUAAAAUGUAAAUGAGUUGUUUCAAGCUUCCAGCGGCUUCUUCAUAGUGUGAUUGUCUAUGGAAAUGUGCUAUUAAUAGGUUUUUAGGCUUGAGUUGCUUAAUCGAUGUAGUAUUGCUAUUUUGGGGUCACUGUUUACAUUUGUUAUCUAUGAAAAAUAUCGAAGACUUACUUGAAACAAUUGAUUGAUAUCUCUCUCUAUAUAAACUGUUUCACUUUUGUACAUGUACAGAAAUUAUUUAUGGCUGUCUGUCUACUGAACAUGAAGCACAACCGGCAAUAUGUGGGCAUGAUAUUGGUGUAGUUGGCCCAUUUUUAAGCAAUAGAAACGUUUUCCGUGUUGUCAUAGCCUUUUUUAACACGAAACGGGUUGGGAGAAUUCGAGAUAGUUAUUCAAACCCAAGAUGAAGUAGAGGGUUUGUUUAACUGUCGAGAAUGCUCCCAGUCCAUCGAGUGUUUAUAUCAGGCUAUGCCAAUACAGAAAAAAAGUUUUCUAUUGCUUUUAUAAAUUAACUUUCCUGAGAAAAAAUGCAAAACUCAUUUCCAUGGCACUGAUUUCUUAUCGGUCGCGAAGUCUUCUACAUGAGGUAGCAGCUUUCCUAACCCUAAAAGCCAAUUGGUUCAAUGCCGUAACCGUGAAACAAUGGGAAAUAGCCCAUUCUUUCUUGCGACUGCUACUUCCAAGCGCCUGCUAUGCAGGCUAUGUUAUUGUUUCCUGUGGCCAAUGAGGAAACACCUUACGGGCAGCUCUUACAUUACUGGCACUCCCUCCCCCCACCUGCACCUGGUACAGACACCCCCAAAUGUAAUAAUGUGUGUAUGAGCUGCUCCAAUUUCCAUAUCUACUACUCUUAAAAAAGGUGCAAAUUCCAGUCUCUUUUUCUGUCGUGUACUAUUCAUGUUGGCAUGCUGGAGCUUAUACAGUGGAACCUGUUAAUACUGACACCAGUGGGUCCAAAAAAUUUUGCAAGAUUAUUGGGUUGGCCAUAUUACCGGGGAAGGGUCAAAUGCACCAUACAUUGCAUUUGCACUUGUUGAACAGCUGUUCUCUUUAAUGAACAACUGGAAUAUAGGUAUUGUGUAAAGUAAUUGUAAAAACUACUUGAAAGUGUUCUUCAGUGCAAAAAGUACUUUUAAAAAUUGGCUAUUGAAUCGUUGCAAAUGCAUUUUAAUUGUACUGUAGGCUAAAAACAAUACAAGAACAGGUUCAGCUUAUCAAUGUCAAAGAAAUAGACAUGUCAUAGGCAUUUACAUUUCUAUAUAAAAUUUACAAAGAGUGGCCCUAUUAAAGGGGUGAAAUUAGAAACAAUUCUAAUGUUUGGGAUUUUAAAAUGUGGCCAUUAAUAAUCAUAUUAAUAGGUGACUGCAUUAACAAGAAUUUUUUUGUACGAAAAUGUAUGGCUGUUUUGCCGGGCCCCAAAAAAUGGCCAUAUUAACAAGUUUACUGAAUUACCGAGGUGGCUGUAAGGCGGGGUUUCACUGCAUAUUUACCCAGAGCAGAAUUUCAUAACCAGGUUACGUCUGCUGCCCAGGGCGUGGGAUGAAAACUUUGAGCUAAUGUUGAUUCAUCAAGAUGCUUUUUGAAGCCCAAUGACAUAUUUAAAUGGCAAUUGUUUUUACCCCCCCUCCCCUGCCUCUGCAUUCCAAUACUUCGUGGGCAAUACUUCUUGAAGGGGGGGGGGGAGGGUCUCUUUACAACUGAUGAAAGUGGAAAAUACCAUUAUCUUCUAAAAACUGCUGAUUUGAUGGUGACUACAUUAUCUUUGGUUCUUUGCAUAAUCUGCUUGUACAGUAUAUGCUGAUUAAAAAGAAGCUUAUGCAUUGCACAUGCCAAUUUUUGUAAAGAACAAAAGAUACAGCAAAGGUCGGGGGUUACAUCGAGCACCACCCAAAUGAGUAUUUAAAAAAUACUAUGGUAUUUUCCACUUUGGACAACUCUGCAACCCAUCACCCCCUUACCUACCUGCCUAGACCAUGUUUGGUUUGUUUUUUAAACAAUUACAUAACGUAGGGAGUUUUAAAGACCUAUGCCCCCUCCCCAGCUGUUACAUCAGCAUUCACAAUGUAAAAAGCAGUAGAGGGCAAUGAAAUACCAUGGUGUUGAAGGUAGGGGUUUCUUUACUCUGGGGCUUUGCUCUUAAAGCUGCCUAUUCCUGGGGCUGUGCCAUUAUUCGAGAGAGACGGUCUUUCGAGUAAAUAUACAGCUAUUUCGAGAAAGGUUGUCGGAAAAAGUGCACGCGACAAUCCCAAAAGGUAUUGUGGGUGGUUUUUCACUGUUCUUCAAAGAAAUUUGCAAGAAUGGCACUAGAGACCAUGGACUUAUGUUUGCGAUUGCUGAAGGAAAGCAACAGAUGUAAGUUUGACAGCUACAGUGUCAGGAACAGCGUAUAGAUCAGAUCCCAUAUCACCUUUUAGGAUUGUCGCGUACACAUUUUUUCCGAAAACCUUUCUCGAAAUACCUGUAUAUGGUACCAUACAACUCACUGCUAACUGCUAUAAAUUGUCUUUAGACACCAAAAACACCAGUUGAACGCCAUGAAAUCAGGGUCCCUGCACAGGUGACGGAAGCAGGUGGACCAACAACAAGCGCAUUUGAUUUUGGAGCUGUAUUGCGCAUGCACUCUAUGGACAAGGCAAACGCUCAAAAUGGACGCCAAGCAAAAUAUCCGCUCUUAACAAAGGAACAGGGAGACCAGGGAAGUUUGUCAUCUGAUACGACAGGUGGUGAAUCUAGAAAUAUUUACAAAGUUAAUGUGGACAUAGAGAGUAACAAAAAAGAAGAAACCAGCGUUCCUCUUAUGAUGGAUAGUAACGUGUGACCAUCACCACACAUGCACAGAAGAAUGAACAUGAAAAAUUAUAUGUACAAAGACAUGCCCAUAGAAAAGAAUGAACUAUUUAAACGAAAAGGAGAUUUUUAUUAUUGAUAUUUAGUUAGGAAAAACGAAAGUUAAAAAUUAAACGGUUAGGAUGAACAGGAGUUUUGGACCACCAACAAACAAGCCUGACACAGGAACGAAAAAUAAGCUAAGUUGUGCCAUGCAGAGCGUAAUAAGGUCAGGUCGCUGCUUAUAGAAAGAGCUGCUGGAUAUUUUUGAGAACCUUUUCGGCUAUUAGCUAGAUUGACACUCAGAAACGCGUUAUCAACGGACCGGAGUUAUGGUCGUCGCUUUUAUAAGAUUUGUGAGUAAAAGGACAUAAAAUCUGAGUGUUUGCCUACAAAUUUAGCUGCUUUGCAAAGGUUUCUAAAAGGCUCAUCUACACGCUUAGCACUCUUAUUUUCCCUCUUCUAAAGUAGUCUGUGUUAGGAAGUGACCCGGGCCACGAGCAAGGCGCGCCAAAGUUCCCGCUCCAACUGUCGUGCCCUGCCAGCAGGUGUCUAAACUUAAAGUGUGUUUCUUUGGAGGAUCCUUGAAUUCAAAAAACGAAUAUUGGGUUUUUCAGGGAAACUAUAACAAUGCAUGAAUGUAAAGAAUUCACACUCCGAAAGGAUUCAGCACAACAGAUACAAAUUUGGAUUUUUAGGAUUUGUGAUCCACUGAACCGAAAGAAGUACACGAAGCGGUUUUCCUGUGGAAAACAAAAAAGGCUCGAUAGGUCUCGCGGGAGCGGCUUGUUUUUAAAAGGUCUUUGGCCCUGUGGACAUGAGUUGUUUUAAGGAAGAGAGUGGUCAUACUUCCAGCGGAGUCAACUAAUGCGGGCGCCAAUAUGAGUAAAAUUUGACCCCUUUGUUGGAGCCAAGAGCGCCCGCGCAUGUUCAGUCUCUUGUUGACCAUUGGGGCAAAGUUGGCCCGGUGUUACAGUCAUCCCCAUUCCCAAAACCCUAGUGAUAUGAGGGGCAUCCCCUGUAACCCUAACCGUAACCCAAAUCGCUAAGGUAAUACGACAAGAGGAUGCCCAUAUCACUAGGGUUUUGGGAAUGUGGAUGCCCAAAACGCGGAAAUGCCCAUAUCACUAAGACACCGGCUAGGAGGAUGACCUUACUAUCGAAGAGGGCUAACCUGUCCAGGCAAGUAAACCUCCCAUCCGAGCCAACCUUUGUUUCUCAUGCAGAGUUUUGCGGGUAAAUGUAGGAAAAGUUAGUUGGCUCAGUCUU